GUUUACACCAGACAAGGGCUUGUGCUGAGGUGUCAUGGAGCAGGGGGUCGGUCACAUAAAGAAUCCCACACUGGGUGCCUGGGCAAUGUGAUCUGCAGAGCUGACACCAUGAUCUGUAUACUGCUGGUGGCCGGACAUGGCACCCUGCUGGAAAGCCACAUCAAGAAUGACCAGAGCGGGUUGUACAGUUUUUUGGAGGACGUUCCCAAGGCUCUGCUGCCUGGUGUCGGGGGGAAGAAGAUUCUGGACUUCUGGUGGAAAGCUGUAAACACGAGACAACUCUUCAGUGAAGUUUACCUGGUGACCAAUGCUGACAAAUAUAAACACUAUGAGCGCUGGGCGACGGCCAAUGACUUCCCCGUGAACAAUAUAAUUAAUGAUGGGACAACCACCUAUGACACCCGGCUUGGAGCAGUCGCUGAUUUGGAGCUCGCGAUAUCCAGCAAGAAGCUGAAUGAUGACAUCAUGGUGAUCGCCGCCGACAUGUUAUGUGCCGACCAGAACUUUGACAUGGCCCAAGUGCUUAAAUUUUUCAGGAUGAAGGGUGGUGAGCUGGCGAUUUAUUAUGAGAUGGAAGAAGGAGAAUGCCCGUCCUCACGGGGAAUAGUCGAAGUGAAUCCUGACAGUCACCGAAUUACACGUUUCUAUGAGAAGCCUGCACCGGGGGAGACCACCUCGAGGAUGGCCAGCGUGGUCUUCUACUGCUUCCAGAGACAGACGCUGCCGACCCUGGAAACCUUCCUCGGCAACUUCCUCAAGACAGAGGACCGGGUCCUGGGCAGAUAUAUGGAAUGGCUGAUAAACUGUGCCGCCAUCCCUGUGUACGGGAUGAAACUUCCCACCGGCUUCCAGCUUAUAGGACAAGUGGGAUUGCCGGAUUACACGAAAUGGCUCACUCACUACUCUGCGGUAAAGAGUCAGCCCCGGGUAAAGGCGAUCACCUGCAGAGCAUACGCCAGAAUCGGGAUUAUUGGAAACCCUUCGGACGGAUAUUAUGGGAAGACGAUUUCUAUGACGAUUUCCAAUUUUUGGGCGGAGGUCACCAUCUCCGAGAGCAAGAAACUGGUUUUGGUCCCUCAUCCCUUAAAUGACCCGACAGAGUUUGGGAGUUUGCUGGAUCUACAUUACAUCAGCAGGAAGGAGGGGUACCUGGGAGGACUAAGGCUUCUCCAAGCCACCUGUAAGAAGUUCUAUCAGUAUUGUUCUGAGAAGGGAAUCGCUCUGUCGAAACAGAAUUUUACCCUGAAGUAUAAUGUGAAUAUUCCAAGGCAAGUGGGAUUAGCUGGAAGCAGCGCCAUCGUAUCCGCGACUCUGAAAUGUCUCAUGAAGUUCUUCAAUCUGACGGAUGAUGAUCUCCCAAAGUCAGUGCGACCAAAUUUCAUUCUUGAUGUUGAAAAAGAAGAAUUAUUCAUUACAGCCGGACUGCAGGACCGCGUCGUUCAGGUCUAUGAGGGUCUCAUAUAUAUGGACUUCAGCAGAUCCGUCAUGGAGGAGCAGGGAUAUGGGAAGUAUGUUUGCAUGGACGCCAGCCUCGUGCCGCCCUUCUGGCUCGCCUAUCUGCGGGAUCCUAGUGACUCCGGGGUCAUUCACAAUAAUGUCCGACAACGUUGGUUGAAUGGUGACCCUGAGGUUAUAGAAGCCAUGUCGAUAUUUGCCGAACUGACAGAUAAAGCCAAGAUGGCGAUGGAGGAGAAGAACUGGGAUGAGCUGGCGGAAUUGAUGAACAGGAAUCUAUCACUGAGGAGAUCACUCUUCACUGACGCAUGUCUGGGUCCGGGAAACGUAAAGAUGAUAGAAAUCGCUCAACAGCACGGGUGCGCAGUGAAGUUACCGGGGAGCGGCGGCGCAGUCAUCGGUUUGUGCUUUGACCCCCAAAAAUUGGUUGAACUGAAGAAAUCCUAUCAGGAGGCCGGAUUUGUGUUUUGUCCAAUAGUUCCUUAUUGUCCAAGCUCCAGUCAGUAAAGGUUGCCAUGGCGCCAUGGCUGCCAUGGCGCCAGAUUUUAUUUUCGUAUGGUACUAGAACACAACCAUCAGAUUCUGAUUAUACUUUGUUAUUUUGUAAGUAAUUUUUUCAUAAAAUAAAGACAAUUAU